AUGGACUUCACCAAGCUCCGAGCGGCAGCCUUGAAAGAUGGAGAUGACGAGGAAGCCGUCACCGUAAAUACACGAGCCUUAAUAGACAAAGUACUUGCGAGAUAUUCAGGAGAGUGGACGACUUUGCGGGAGCUGCUCCAAAACGCUGCUGAUGCCCAGGCAUCGACGGUGGCGAUCAAAUUCGAAUCUCUGCCCUCACAACAAAUCCCCCUUUCGAACACAAUCGACCAAUCCGAGAUAUUAAAGCAUGUGCUUCUACAUCAUACUCUGCGGCGCUUGGUUGUGACCAACGAUGGACUGGCGUUUGGAGUCAAAGACUGGUCCAGGCUGAAACGCAUAGCAGAGGGCAACCCAGACGAAACUAAGAUCGGGGCGUUUGGUGUAGGCUUCUACAGUGUCUUUGCAGACUGCGAAGAACCGUUUGUAAGCUCCGGGAAUGAAGCCAUGGCGUUCUACUGGAAAGGCAACUCGCUCUUCACCAGAAAGCUCCAGUUGCCGCCUGAACAAGGGAACCCGAAUACCAGCUUCGUCCUCGACUACCGAAAUGCCACUACGCCAAUGCCAAACCUUCUAUCUAUAUGCCAGUUUCUUGCGAUCAGCUUGACAUUUGUGGCGUUGCAAAAUAUUGAGUUGUGGGUGGAUGACUGGAAGAUUAUAUCGCUGAAGAAGAAAGUCGCGCCUAGUUUCUCGAUUCCUAUUGCCCGAGAUGUGGAGACGAGGACAAAGGAAGGGUUGAUGAACGUCCAGGGCCUUGAGAGAGAGAGCGUCCAGAUGGAUGCCACUUUCAUGAACGUAGUUGGUUGGAAACCUUCGGUGACUGCCUCGGUAUCAAAGCCCGGUACUUAUGAUGCCAACUACGGAAACAGCUCUUCUGAUGUGCCAUCCUUGCGUUCAUUCUUCUCCAGACUCACAGCAUCCUCGAGCCAUUCACAACUGAAAACAAAGGCAAUGCGUGAAGAAAAGGCUCUUCAGGAUAUUGUUUUGGAGGACCUGACUGCGCAGACAACCGCUAAUGUCUUCUUACGAGUAACAACUGCUCACAUUAAGACUUCAGUUAGUUCAUCAUUUGCAGCCGAGUUAGAACGCGCGACGAAGAAGCCACCACCUAAGACGACUAAAAUUGCUAUCCUGACCUCUUCAUAUGACGAGGUAGCCGCUUCAACAAAGGACAAUCCGAUUGCGAGAGGCGUGGAUGUAUUCUCAUCUGUUCUUCCAAGCAAGAAGCCCGGAGGACGGAUAUUUAUCGGAUUCCCGACCCAUCAAACCACCGGAGCGGGGAUACAUCUCUCAGCUCCCUCAGUUAUUCCCACCGUCGAGCGAGAAUCGAUAGACCUAAAUGCACGAUGGGUGGUAACGUGGAACCGCGAGAUGCUCCGAGUAGCAGGUAUCACAGCUAGGCUAGCUUUCUCGAGCGAGAUGGCCGACUUGUCUGCGAAGGUAAAACGCGCAGCAGUGGCUGCUGGCCGUACCAAGGUUACGAAGGACGAGAUCGAGCGAUUUAUGCCUGAAGCUUUGCAUACGCUAAAUACAUUUACAUUCAAAGAUUCAACACCAAGCUCUCAAGUAUCCCAGCUCAUCGAAGAGGGGUUCUGGAUGGCAUAUAAAAAGGCUUCAAUCGAAAUUUAUAGCACUCGAGGUGUCUUGCCUACGACGACAGUUAGGUUGGCCACAGAAGAUCUUAGUGGCUUUGUUGAAGGAAUUCCUGUUGUUCCUAAGGCUCUAGUUGGAGGCGAUUUUGUCAGCAAGCUUCGGGACUUUGGGCUUAUCACAGAAAUUACCAUCGGCGAUGUUAAACAGGAGCUCGGAGCAAAAGCACUUACAAAGGACCAGCUCGUGCAGUUUAUUGGCUGGGCUGGUCGAAAAGCGGCUAGUGGGGAUAUUGACAGAGCUACCGUCCAAUCGCUCCUCGAUGUGGCGGUUGCAAUGACUGGAGACGUGGACGGACAAGGCGAUGUCAUUGCUUUGGGAAGCAUUACUAACUAUUUAAAUGUCACCAAAAUCUCGGCAGAGGCGCCCAUCCCACCGACGACAAUUCCGUUCAAGUUCACAAAAGCGUCCUCCAUCCGUGAGCUCCAAUGUCUAGGUUGGGAUCCUCUUGAAAUUGUUCCAUGGCUCCGCUAUUUGAUCGAAAGCAAUGCCAACAGGCCAGCUGAGAAAAGUCUUACUGCAUCUACCCAGUUUGCUGCUCAAGUUCUUCAGGUAUUGUCAAAGGGGUGGGAAGAACUCGUGCCACAAUCUAAAGACACAGUCAUCUCACUCCUCGCGCCUAUCCCAAUUAUACCAACAAAACUUGGAAUGAAGAAGCCCGGGGAAGCAUUCUUUGCAAAUGUUCGGCUUUUUGAUGACCUUCCCACGGUUACGUCUUGUCCUGGCGUGAAAGAAAAGUUUUUGGCUGCGAUCGGUGUCCGGAAAACUGUUGAUCUCGAGACAAUUUUCAGUCGGUUACUUCCCCCUGCUGGAGAUCCCAAGCAACCCCAGCUUGCUACUGGCAACCGACACAUGGAGCUGAUCAAGUACCUUGCUUCCGUGAAGGAUGAUAUUCCAGCUAGUGAUAUGAAAAGGUUAAAAGCAUCUCGAAUUUGUCCUGCUGAAGCUGGCCCAAAGGGGCUUGAAUCUACCCGAGGAACUUCUAUUUUAUAUAGGAUUUCAGAUUUAUUCGAACCGAAAGACAGCUUGAGAGAAUUAGGACUUCCCAUUAUACAAUGGCUUGGACCACCUGGCAGCUACAAACCCGGCGGCACGGAGGGGCGAUUCUUGACACUCCUUGGAAUCCGAGCAUAUCCGUCUGCGGCCGAGCUCAUCGAAUUAAUGGCGUCUGGUGACAACCGCCUCAGGAAUAUAGCCAUGACCUACUUCAUUGCAAACCAUCAUAUCAAUGGCUACGCUAGUUUUGAAAUUGGCGCCGUUGCGAGACAGUUCUUGCCUUUGCAGGGCGAUGAGGAGCGCCUCGUCAGCCCUGCGGAAUGUUUCACAAACGAGAGAUGUGCAGUCUUGGGGUUCAGCAUCUUGAAGAGAGAAUUGCAUGUUCACGCACACAAAUUCGGAGUUGCAAUGGAUCCCCCACUCACAGAAUGUGUCAACAGACUCAUCUCCAAACCAGCUCAGAACAAGCGUGAUGCUUCCACUCUUUUUAGCUAUUUUUCAGGUCGCCUAGGCGAAAUGGGACAGAACAAUGUGGCAAAACUUGCCGACGCUCGUAUAGUACCGGUUAUCCACCAGUCGACUUUGAAUGAGUAUCCCAAUGAAAAGAGAGCCGAACAAGGAGACGUGCGGUAUCUUACCCCACGGCAUUGCUAUAUAGGGAGUCCAUCAACAUACGGCGAAAUUUUCGAUUUCGUCGAUUUCGGCACCGAGGCAAACGCAUUCCUCCUCAGAUGUGGCUCUAAACAUGAACCUACGAAGUUCGAACUUGCGGCCGUGGCCUGCAAGGAGCCAGCGCGUUUACUUGGUAUCAUGCAGAGUCCAGAGAAAUAUCUAAGUUUGUUGAAGACUUUGGCCGACGAUCUUCCUAUGUUAAAGCGAGAUAAGGCACUUUUUAAACAAAUGAAGCAAUCUAGGUUCCUCCUUGGAUACACUGAGAUACCCGCUACUAAGGAAAAUCGGAAAUCUUUGAAACCUGAGCAGAGCGGCCCCAUGGAUAGCGAGUUUGGUCCUGACGAAGACGACGCCGAAGAUUCCCCUAUCAAGCAGUGGACGCUGGGGACAGCAAAUGAUCUACUGAUUAUUGAUGAUUAUAUCAGCUAUCGACUCUUCAAGGGCUCGUUGCUGUGCGCGCCUAUGGAUGACAAGUUGGAAGAUUUCUAUGUCGCACUAGGUGCGUCGACAUUGGGAAGUAUAGUACAGGAAGAUCUCCGACUUGGACCGCCAAGCGAGAAGCAGGAGUCUGCCGUGAAGCUCCGGAGCCAUGUCCUUGAACGUUCUAAACUCUUCUUACACGAGUAUGACCGCAACAGCAUCAAGCACGAUAGCCGUUGGCUCGAUAAAAGCCUUAAUGUGCAAGUUGUUGGUUCCAUCUCGCUCAGGAGAUCACUUCGUGGCCAUAACCUCUCCCACACCGAGAAAAGAUCAGCCGCCUGCACGAAGGAUAAUCGCAGUGACUGGACUCUAUAUAUCAUUAGUGGAAAUAAUGAUGUUUACCAAAUCAGUCAAGCAAUCUGUAAGCUAUUGCUAGACCGCCCUAAUCAGCAAGCCUACUUGACCUUCGAAACCUUCUUAAAGCUCAAUCUAUACGAAUUACGGUCUCGUGGGUAUAACGUUGAGCGUAUCUUGCGGGCCAAAGCUGCUGAGCAAAGAAUUGCAGAAGAAGAGCGUAGGAAGCAGCUUGAAGCCGAGCAGCGACAAAUUCGAGAUCAGGAGGAACAAUGGAGACGCGAGAGUCGGUCUAUUCAUGAAGCUGCUGGGGAUGAUCGUCAUGAGUCAGAGGCCUCAAUGCCCGGAGCGUUCGGGUCGGAAUCUCCUGAGAAUUCCCCAGCACUUCCACCAAAGACCAAGCCUCGGGGAUUGUUCUCUGGCCUGAGCCGUCGCUUGGGUCUUGAUGGCAGUGGCAACGGAGAGGCCCAAAAGCAACUUCAAAAUUUCCUAGGUGGGGGUGCUCCACACGAGUCUCAAGUGGACAACCCCCCAUCCUAUGAUGAAGCCAACAAAGGACCUACCAAACCCGGUAGUAGCGAGAAGGUCUCAUCUCCAGCUGCGGUGCAACAGAAUCUCUUAAAUGCGAUUAAGUCAUCCCGGCCUCACGAUUCAUCGACACUUUUCUCCCCGCCCACAACCCAGGUCAUCAAGGAGGAGGCAUCUUAUUGCGACAGCACCCCAGCCCAAAAUAUUAUCUUCCUUGCAGAGACUUCCAACGGGAUGCGGAUUUUCGUCUCCAAAACACUCUCCAUCCCACAAUCCGAAUUUCUCGGCUCCAACAUAUCGUCUCUUAAUGGCUUUGCUACCGUGCUGCAUGAACUAGCAGACGUGUACAGUCUACCUCGCAAAGCCCUCCAUAUCUUCUUCGACGAAGCAGGAAGCACCAUUGCAUUCAACUCCAGUGGAAGUAUAUUCUGCAACUUCAGAUUCUUUGCACAACUGCAUUCCAAAAAGAUGCAGAGUCCUAAUCCUAGGGAGAUGGCUGAUGGCCGGCUUGAAGCUGCUUGCUAUUGGUGGGUUGUUAUAGCUCAUGAGUUAGCGCAUAAUCUGGUCAAAGAGCAUAGUGCUGAACAUAGCUUUUAUACUGAGAUGCUUGUCGCCAGCUACUUCCCGAAAAUGAUGGCCAAGUCGGCAGCCUUAAUUCAAGCUGCACCCGCACCGCGACAGGAGGCUAGUCUGCUAGAUUAG